AUGUCCGAUGUCAACAAGACUAUUCAGAAAUGGCACGCCAGUUUUAGAAAAGGCACAGACUUUGAUUCGUGGGGACAAUUAGUGGAGGCUAUAGAUGAGUACCAAAUAUUAGCACGGCAGCUGCAAAAAGAGGUGCAGUCAACAAAUUCAUCCGACUUCACAGAGGAGCAAAAGAAAACAUUAGGGAAGUUUGCAACAUGCCUGGAGAUGAGAAGUGCGAGUUUGCAGUGCACACAGUCAAAGGAGGAGUUCAAGUUAGAAGACCUGAAAAAACUGGAACCUAUUAUUAAAAAUAUACUGACCUACAACAAAGAGUUUCCCUUUGAUGUCCAGCCAGUGCCAAUGAGGAAGAUCCUUGCUCCUGGCGAGGAGGAGAACCUGGAGCUUGAGGAGGAGGAGGAUGCCGCAGCAGGAGCGGGCUCUCCAGAGGCCUUUCCCCCCAGAGUGCCUGGUACGUUGUUGCCACGGUUACCAUCAGAGCCUAGGAUGACACUACUCACAAUAAAGAUUGACAAAAUUGGGUUGAAGGAUGCCGGGCAAUGCAUCGAUCCUUACAUGACCAUUAGUGUAAAAGAUCUGAAUGGUGUGGACCUGAACCCGGUGCAGGACACUCCUGUGGCCACCAGAAAAGAAGACACGUACAUUCACUUCAGCGUGGAUGUGGAGAUCCAGAGACACGUGGAGAGAUUACCAAAAGGGGCAGCUAUCUUCUUCGAGUUCAAGCACUACAAACCCAAAAAGAGAUUUACCAGCACAAAAUGUUUUGCCUUCAUGGAAAUGGACGAGAUCAAACCGGGUCCCAUCGUCAUUGAGCUGUACAAGAAGCCCACCGACUUCAAGAGGAAGAAGCUCCAGCUCCUGACGAAGAAACCACUCUAUCUGCAUCUUCAUCAGACGUUGCACAAGGACAGCUAGGUCAGGCAGAAGGAGCAUGCCGUCAACCCUGAAGCACCUCGUGUUUUUUUGUUUUUUUAUUGUCUUACAUCAUUCAUCAUCAAGCAAAAUUUGGCGUUCCACCUCAGCACCGUCAGCAAUACUAAUCCAAGGCUGUAGUCCUCAUUUUGUCCAUGGUUGGAAACGGAAGAUUAGGGGAAUUGAGCCAAAUGAGAGUCACAUAAGCUCAGACCAGCAGAUCAUUGUUGCAGUUUGGUAGCUUCAAAUAUCUCUAUUUUUUCUUUGAAUGUGCAUAUCAUACUGCUGUUGCGGGAAAAAAAAGGUUUAAGGGAUUUUAAUGUUUUUACUUGAACUCAAGGUUUACAUGCUCGCUCAUAAUGUAGAGCAGGUUUAAUGGGUGUUUUGGACAUUUGAGGAUAUGAAAGUCGAGGGUUUUCAUCCGACAGCAGCAGCAUGCCCAAAACACAGUCACACCUUAUUUCCAGUCUUCCUUAGCCUUCUGAUUUAGGGGAAGCAACGCAGCCAUGAAUGUUUGGGAGUUGCAGCAGGUGCUUCAUUUGAGCUCGAGUCUUGAUGUAAUUUGAGUCUUAACCUUUGGACUAUGGUUGGUGCACGCUCCAGCAGAGUUGGAAAAAAAAAAAUUAAAUGCAGCUCUGGUGGCUUGGGAAAUACGGGCAUGCUCGGCAAACACAUUCCUUGAACAAAUACAAGGUUUGAAUAAAAAGCAAGCUCUUCACAGUUGCACAACCGGCCCUAUCAGGCCACCAAAGGUGCAUUCCCUAAAUUUUCUCACACUCCUUGAGAAGCCCAGUGUGUAGUCCCAGUAUUGGAUUCAGCAAAGGUGGAGUGUCAACUCAAACUGCACAACAGUGCUGUGACCGAAUUCCUUUACAUCCUAUUUAGCGUGGGGGCAUUUUCAGAAUACAGACUUUUAAAGGAAUGUCAAAAUUUCUCAAACGAGUGUGCUUUAAAUGCCAGCUUUUUUAUACUCUGUGAAUAUUCAUUUCAGCACAGAUUGAGAAUGUGACCCAGGGUCUAUGGAAUUUCCCCAGAAUUCCAGGUGAAAUGCCGACAAUAAACACAUAUCAGUGUUCAUGCUACAGUAUGUAUUGAAUUUAGUACGUCAAAAUAGCCUUUGCAUACAUUUUAUAAAUAUGCAGGUACUAAAAUGGGAGUAGUGUGGUUUGCAUGCUGGAGAUACUGAUGUGUAUUCUGUGUGCAGUGCAAGCGUUUGGUUCAACAGCGCUUCCCCAGAAAGCAGAAAUGAAGUGACCGUGUGGAACUGCUGCAGAGAUGCUUAUCCUCUGCCUGGAAAUUGGUUUUUAAUCUAGUUACUGUGCGGGAUAAAGGAAUGUUUUGGAACACCAUUUUUCAUGCACACAAGAGUCUAGGGACCAGUGCUUGUGCAGGAUUGCUUGUAGGAGACUCACUCUUGGACUGCGGUCUUAUGGAUCAUCUUUCACUGCGGCUGUUACUAAGAAGAGCCCACUAAAUGUCAUGUUAUCACUCCUUUAUAAAGGACUUUUUUUUUUAAUGAGGUUGCACGUAACAUCACUUUCCAUUCUGAUUCUGCCAUGUCCUUCUACACUACAACAUUCUCUCCAUUGAAUUGUUUUGAUUUUAGAUUUUAUUUUUGUAAUGUCAAGAUGUCAGGACUGUAAAUUAAUUCUAAGAUACACUAAUUGAUGACUAUAACUGUGCUAUGCGUGCUAUGAUAUGACAGGAUUGAGAAUUGUUGACAGUAUUUUAGUUUUGUUGACAGAUUGAGGGAAAUUGUAUCAAAUAUUUACACUGCUUUCAUUUCUAAUAAACUACAAAAUGCUGCUGACGA